AUAAUCGACUCUAUUGUAUCGAUGUACAAAAAAUAACGUCCGUAUAUAUAGGGUAAUUUUUUCGUAUCACAUAUUACAAAAAAAAAAAAAAAAAAAGAAAGAAAGGAAAUAACGUAGGAGAAAAAAAGAAAGAAAAGUUCCGAGAGAUAACUGAACGGGAUUUGAGUCACAUAUGUGCGUCGGACGAUUUGUAACUAAAGUAUUAUGGUAACAACAAUCAACGAACUCUACUCUAUAAAAACAACGUAACAAACAUUUUCAAGAGCAGAAGAAUUCGGACCGCCGAACCAACAACUGCGACGUUUUUUCCCGCGCAACAAUUUCUUAAAUUCAAACACCUGCUACCGCGUAUCGAUCGUUGGAUUAAAUCUGUACACACGAUAUAUAUGAAAUAACUGGAGAAAAAAUUCGAAAAAAGAUUAACUACGUAAUUUUAUUCGACAUAAAAUUAGUGAUAACUGAUAGCGAACACAAAAUUUCAAUAUGGUGGUACCAACGGAACGCGAACUUCACGAAGCCAUUCAAGUGGCACCUCUCGUUCUUGCGGAUGACGUUAGAAGGCAAAAGAUCGAGAAUCGUCUGGCUCAGAUGAGAUUCUCCGCAGCUACGGCAAGAAAAAUUCAAAAGGUAUUCUUGUCAGAAGUUGAAAAAGGAAUACGCCAAGAACCCUCGUCGUUACAAAUGGAGAACACUUAUAUUCCAGAACUUCCAGACGGCACUGAAAGCGGUCUGUUUCUGGCGCUAGAUCUCGGGGGUACAAAUUUCCGCGUUAUUUUGUUGGAACUUGAUAACGGAGUGGUAAUCAGGGAAGAUGUAAAGAAAUACCACAUCAGUUCGGAACUCAGAGUGGGAUGUGGAAUAAAAUUAUUCGACUACCUAGCAGAAUGUGUUAGCUCCUUCGUGAUCAGCCAAGGUGUACAGAACGAGGAACUUCCCAUGGGCUUCACAUUUUCAUUCCCCAUGAUCCAACACUCUUUGGAGACUGGUAUUCUCGUGACAUGGACCAAGACAUUCAAUUGCCAGAACGUUGUGAACCAAGAUGCAGUGAAGCUCCUUCGCGAAGCCCUGCAAAGACGCGGCGAUACAAAAGUAAACGUACUCGCUGUCCUCAAUGACACUACCGGUACAUUGAUUCAAGGGGCUUCGCAGGACAGAAAUACGGUCAUUGGUCUGAUAUUGGGAACUGGAAGUAAUGCCUGCUAUCUUGAAAAAGCCGACAAAGUACAGCAUUGGGAAACGGAGCGACAUGGCGAAAAAGAGGUAAUCAUCGAUAUCGAAUGGGGUGCAUUCGGUGAUAACGGAGUCCUAGACUUUAUAAAAACUGAAUUCGAUCGUGAAACUGAUGCGAAUUCCCUGCUGGUCAGUUCGUUCACAUUUGAAAAAUACAUCUCUGGAAAGUAUUUAGGCGAAGUUACUCGUAUAAUUCUCGCGAAACUGACCAAGGAAGGUCUUCUGUUCGACGGUCAUGUACCGGUCGCUCUUCUUACUCCUGGUAAUCUUACUACCGAUUUGGUAUCUCACAUUGAGCAAGACACGGUAGAUGGAGGUAGCCAUAACACGAGGCAGGUUCUCGCUAAAUUUGACGUAUCCGCAACAGAGGAUGAUAUCACCAUAGUGCAAUACGUGUGCGAAGUGGCUUCGAAUCGUGCUGCACUUUUGACUUCGCUAUGCUUAGCUCAACUGUUGGAAAAAAUUGAUCGAAAAGAAGCGACAAUUGCUAUCGACGGUUCCCUUUACAAACAUCAUCCCCGUUUCGAGGGGUGGAUGCAUCAAUACAUCAGUCUUCUAUCGCCUGGACGAAAGUUCAAACUGAUGCACGCAGAAGAUGGAAGCGGUAAAGGUGCAGCCCUGGUAGCGGCAAUUGCACUGAGGCUCAAACAGAGACUGUCAUGAGAUACAAACAGGGAAUGAGACUCUUGUAAUUAUCUUUGCUUUUUUAUUUCACCCUCAGCAUGAAAUCAUUAUUCUCUCGAUAAAUAGCGUAAAGAUGAACCAGUGAGCCGAGUGUUAGUUAUAAUAGUGAUAAUAAUAAUAAUAUUAAUGAGGAUUAAGCUGAUGAUAAUAAUAACAAUAAUUUUAAUGAUAAUGAUUAUAGUAAUAACGAUUAGUGAUAAUAAUAUUGAUAAUAUCGGAAAGAGCAUGAACGACUAAACUAAUUUCCGUAUGCAUAAUUGAACGCGUAUACUUAUUGAGAUUGUUGAAACGGUAUACCCGCAGCGAUGUUGAAUAUAGAGUUCCUUAGUUUUAUUGUCUGUCUUAUUUGAUAGUUGAUAGCUCAAUUUAAGUAGGUAUUUAUGCUUGUAGGAAAAUGUGUCUGAACAUAUAUUUACGUAUUUCCUCGUCUCUUUUGUUCAGAAACUGGAGUAAAAAAGAGAAAAAAAAAAUCCUCAACGAUCGCGUUAUCACGGAUAUUAAAAUUAAGGCAGCGUGUCGAUUUUCAGGAACAAUUAAACUAUUGCCAGUGGCAGCUCAGCUGUUAAAAUCGACAUUAUAGCCUUUCGACAUAUGAUUCCAUCCAUUGAUCGAUACCGUUGAAUAAUUUUUUAACGAGACACCAUAGAGAUACUAAACCGUAUUAUUGUAUUAAACUUCGACUUGAGGUUUGAAAUGAAACGGUAUCGCCAAUUUGUAGUAGGUAAUUAACGAAUUAAUAAUCGGUGUGAUUACUAUCACACUGGUAAUUUUGCUGAGAUUUAUUGUGUUAAGGAUUAGGAGAAUAAAGUGAGGAAGAAAGAGGAAGAUAAAGUGAGGACAGAAUUUAGCAUAAUAAAUGGUUAUACGUAUACAUACAAACACACAUAUGUACACUUGUUUUACUGUAUGAUAUUAUUUAUUUUACAAAAACUUUGCUAUUCUAAGUCACCUGUCGGUAUAAGUUUCUUGUUACAAUUACAAUUAUACAUACUUAGGUAUAUACAUGUAUGAUUUUAAUUAUAAUUAUAUUGCUGCUAUUAGGUAGACAUGUGUACAGAAUAUAUCUAUGGUACAGGUAUGAUUAUCAUGACUUUCAUUGUUAAAAUACACGCAUACUUAUAUUUUAUGUAACUUCUUAUCAUACUCCUCGUUGUAUCGUGUGAGUUGUAUUUUAUAAUAAACAAGGAAAACAAA